GCGUGCGGAAUGCGUCCUGGCGCACGAGCUUAAAUUGAGCUCGGAGAGCGAGACCCUCUGGGCUCCGUUCUUCAUGAAUUUAUAAUCGUGAAGGAAACGGGCACUCUUCGAACUCAGUCAGCUGGAUUUUUCUAAACGAAAGCAAACUACUCCAAAUUACUCUACGCAGUAAAUAUUUCUAGUGAUGUCCCUCUCAGGAGAACAGGGGAGCGAUGAUUCGGACACGGAGCUGCUUCUCGCGACUCUCUCUCCGGAGGAGGUAGAGGAACUAGAGCAGGAGCUCGUGUACAUCGACCCGGACCCGAAUGUACCGGUGGGGCUCCGUCAGCGGAACCAGACGGACAAAGUGCCGUCCAGAGGGUAUGAUAGAGACGCCAUGCUGGACUACUGCGAGCGGCAGACCAAGAGAUUGAUCCGCAGAGAGCUGAGCGUAGAGGGAGACACAAGAGGGGAGGGCCGAAGGAGAGAUCGACUCCAUCGGAUGAGGAGCAGAGAGUUUUCCAGGUCACAGAGCAGCGACCCUCCCGACUCAGAGAGCCGAAAAGCUGCAAGUGAACCACCCUCUGAAAACAACGACAAUGAGAAAGCAAGAAAAAGAGAUGAUGUCUCCGAAGAUUCUUCUGAUAAAAAAGAGAAGAACACGGAAAUAGAGGUGAAAGAAAAAGAUGAAAAGACAGUGGGUGGAUCAGAACUGAAAGAAAGGGAAGGUUCUAGAAAAGAGAGGGGAACCAGCAAGACUCUGGAGCUUAUUUCCAAACUGCAAGAUAAAAAAGAGGAGAAGAAAGAACAGGAGAAGAAGGAAGAAAGAAAAGGGAGCGGGAACUCAAAAAUUCGAGGGUUCAUCUCCAAACUGCAGGAUAAAGACAAUGAGAACCUUAAAGAAAAAGACAACAAGGCGGAUAUCAAGAAAAGAGAAGAAAGCAGAACCAAAGCACUAGAGGAACAGAAAAACAGCAGAGCAAGAGACUGGAUGGACCAAAAAGAAACAGAGGAGAAGAGCAAAAUAAAGGAUGAUGAGAAACAUCUUACACAGAGAGAGUUAUCCAGAGCUAAGAAAGAGAGCGAAACAAAGAAAGAAGAAAUCAUGUUAGACAAAACAAAACAACAAUUCAAACAGUCAGAUAACACAAACGAGAAGAUAUCUACAAAUUCCAACCAUAAUGUCUCCAAGAGUGAAGACUGUUCACUAACAGAUGAUGAAGAGUCUUUAAGUGAAGAUGCUGAUAUGGACAGUGACACUGGCUCUAGUAUGUUUGAUGAUCUUCUGGAACAAGUUCGCAGUGACGACCCUGAACUAACCGAGGUCAACGUCAAUAAUUCAGAUGCCAUAAAGACAGACACUCUGAGACAGUUUGCAGAAGGUCUACGUAGCAACACUCACAUCAAAACCUUCUCCCUCGCCAACACCAGAGCGGAUGAUCACGUUGCGUUCGCCAUUGCUAAAACCCUACGUGAUAACUCCACCCUGACCGGCAUCAAUCUCGACUCCAACCAUUUAACAGGCAAAGGCAUCUUGGCCAUUAUCAACUCUCUCCAGCACAACAGAACGCUCACGGAGCUGAGAUUUCAUAACCAGAGACACAUCUGCGGAGGGAAGACGGAGAUGGAGAUGACCAAAGUGUUGCGUGACAACUCUUCUCUGGUGAAGCUGGGAUAUCACUUUGAGCUGGCCGGUCCCAGGAUGACCAUGACGAACAUCUUGAGCCGAAACAUGGACAGGAAGCGGCAACAACGGCUAGAGGCGCAGAAAGUCUCCAGACAGGACACCGACUCCUCUCACAAAGCCCCAAGUGAAGAUAAGAAGAGCUCGCAUGAUAAGCCAAAAAUGUUAACGUCAGUCUCCCACAGUGAGAAGAAAAGCUCCAAAUUUGCUGAGAUGUCUAAAUUAACCUCUGUUCAGGAAACUACAAAAGCGCCGUCCGCGAAGUCGCCACCUAAACCGCUCUCCUCUGAAGUGAUGAGGAAGAAAGAAGGGGAAACAGGAAGUAGACAUGUCCCCCCUCCACCCCCUCCUGGACCAGCUUUAGAUGUCCAGGCCUUGAAGAGGUCAUUGAAUCCUAUCUCUCAGAGGAGACAGGACAGCGGUACAACUGUCAGACACACGGAGAGGAACUCUAGAGAUCAGCUGCUGGACUCUAUCAGAAACUGCAGCAUGAACACUCUCAAAAAGGUUGAGAUCCCCAAGCGUCUGAAAUAGAAUAUGCCGUUACAUUACCCAGGAACCUUAAGAGACCCAUUAUCUUGAAAAUCAUUGUUGCUCAUCUAAAUAUCUGAGGUGGGAUACAGCAAGUUGAUGUCACAUCCAUGACAAGCAUUUGUUACAUUUUUCCUAUUUUCUAAAAACAAGAUUAAGACGGUUUUGUUGCAAUUUGACAGAUUUUUGUCAAUUUGAAAGUUUGUAAUUUGCAUCUGAGUUUUUAAUUAUGAUAAACAUUUUAAUAAACAAGAUGUCACUUGAAAAGUAUUGUUUUGGCGUUUCUGAAAUUUACAGAUACUAGAUGUAUUCCUCCCUGGCUUUGUUAUCUUCUUCGGGGAAGAAGCGAAAAUGUGAUGACAUCUUAGUCCUGUGUCAUCCACAGUAGUGCUUCGCAACCUCACUGCUAGAUGCCACUAAAUUUCAUACACUGGACCUUUAACUGCUUUUUUUGUGAUGGAUAGAGACAGAGCCACACGUGUCAUAAUCUGAAAACCUCGCCCACCGGAGGGGAAAACAAUCCAACCCUCUCCAUUGACUUUGUAUUGUCUUUGUAUUGUAAUUUCCUUGUCAUUUCUGGCUUUUACGGUUCAGAAGCUUAUAAAAACGUAGUUCUGUGUUUUUUAGCUUGUUUACUGUACACCUUGCCACACAGCAGCUUUUAGGCAUCGUUCUGCUUUUUGUUAUAAGUCAGAAAUGACAACCAAGCAGCUUCCCGCAAGGGAAGUCAAUAGAGAGGUUUGGAUUGUUUUCCCCCGGUGUAGUCUUGGCCUAAAUGCGCUCUGUCUCUAUGAGGUCUCUUGAUAAGAUGUCUUUAACCACAAGGGGGCAGAAAAAAUCAGUAUGCACAACAAACAGAAAAUAAAACACACGCUUUUAUUUAUUAUCUUUAUGCCAUAUGAACAUAUUGUGGACGAUGUUGUAGUGCAAAGAUAAUAAAAGAACAUGUAGCAUAAACUCUCAAUAAGCAAUGUCAACAUCAAUUUUUGCUUUAUUUAACAACUUGUAGAAGUCACAGUCUAGCUGAAGCAUUUGUACAACAGUUCAUCCACAUAAAUGCACUUAUUGUUGUCAACUCGCUUGUGUAAUCUCUUGUGUAUUUAAAGUCGCCAUGGCAUAACUAAAGCACAUGUGCACCCAUUGCCAACAAAGAUGACUCAGUUUCACUUUCAUGUCAGGCAUCUUUUAGCGCUGGGAGCGCUCCAUCUAUCAGCCAGCACGUUUAACAUUGUAAAGAAGUCAGAAUGCAUGAAACACUGUGGCACCCCACCUUUAAUCUUUUUGAUUAAAGAUUAGGAGUGCCAAUGAAAAGAAAUAAUAAUGUGCACAGAUCAAUCAUUUAUAAUAAAUACUGCAAGACUGUGUAAAAAAUUUGACUUGUCAUUUUUGAUUUCAUCGUGACUUUAAAUAUGUAUUUUUAUUUGUAUCAGCUUCACUGCUGCAAACCAGCUUUAUUUCCUUCCUGAACCAAAGUCUGCUGU